AACCCCCAAAACACAACUUCUGCAGGUGCAGAGCUGUUCCCAGUGAUCCACGUGUGGUGCAGUUGAAGCUCAAUGAACUUCACCUGAUCAUUACAGCUUAUCUUUAUACACUCAAGGCCAAAAAGAUUUUUCUUACUAAGUGUUGCAGAAGGGAGUAGCUUUCACGGAGUAGGAAUUUAUAGUAGUUAUCUAAGAAUUUCUUCUUUGCAUCUCUUCUUCCUUUGAAACUGGUUUGCUGGCUUUGAUGUGAAUUUAAGGGAGAGAAUAUUGCUUAGAAGGAUCAAACUCUUUUGUACUAAAGAUAUAGUAGAAAACUUGUAACACCUUUGUAUUGCAAAAGAUAAAAAAAAUUAUUUUUGUGUGAACAGCUUGGUACCUCCUUAACAGUUGAACAUCACUUUUGUAAUGAAGCUAUGUUGCUCUGAGACAAAAAAAUAAAGAAUUCCGGUAGUUUGUGGUGGCAAACAACUGCCAUUAUACUAAAUACAACUGUUAUGACCCAAUUACAAAGUUUUUGUUAGCACUGCUUACUGUUACUGUUCUACCUAUCUAAGUCAAAUAGUUUGUGAAUGUUGCUUUUGGGACUCAGAAGCACCUUAGAAACUAUGUAUUUAUAAAAUGUGGGUUACAACUGGUAAAUCAAACUACAGCACUAAUCAGUCUUUAAUUGUGUAUAUACCAGCACACUUAAAUGUUUCUAAAAUAUUUGUUUUCUUGAUUGCUGUAUAAUAGGCAUUGUAGGAAAAUUGCAAGUGUUGGCAUUGCAAGAGGGUCUGUUUUUUAAAUCUUGUGUAUAAAUUAUUCUGUUACAGAAGUUAUUUAACUCUAUUCAACACUGAUAAAGCAAGAGCAGUAGAACAAGUUGUUUGCACAAAUCCCUGCAUAAGCACUUAAUUUUAUCUUAGCAAUUACCCUUUUUAUUGUUUUGGAAAUAAACACAGCAGCUUUUUGUUAAUAAUUUUGGAAAAGCUGUGAGUGAAAGUGUCAGGGGAGUGCCAUAUUACUUAAUUUAUUCACGCAGACAAAAGAUGAAGUAACUCAGAAAACAUGUUAAGCAGUGUUUAGAGUAGGUGAUGUGUCUCUGUAAUUGCUUUGAGAUGAGUGCUGUCUUUCAUCAUUUUAAAUGCAUUUAUUACAUAUAAAUGGAAAGUCAUCUCAUCUUAACAGAGAGAAAAAUGUAAGAUGAAAAUGCUUUAACUGCUGCUUGUAGUAGUAGUGGGUAAGACUAAAAUUUUUAUUGUGAUGAAACUUUCAUUUGGGCCCGUUAAUCAAGCUUGAAAUCGGCCUCUUAAGUAGAGGAACACCAGAGGGUGAUUUUUAUCUUCAGUAAUACCUUUCAAUGAUUACUGCAAAGGGAGGAGAGUAGACUUCAGCAGUAGCCUUCUGAAAGGAAUUUAGAAAAUCUCUUUGGUAAUUUAUCUGAACUGCUGGGAACAUUUAGUUUUACAUGCUUCUGGAACAUUACACUAAUGCAGAAAAACUUCACAGACAUAUAACAAUAACAAGAAAAGAACUUUUCAGAAUUACACAAAAUGCAAGCAAUGAAUUGGGUGUAGUUACAGGGAGAAAUCGGCAAGGGGAAAUAAGACUUCACUGAGCAGGAAGUGAUCAAAAGUAAUUGGUUAUUUCUGGCAUUUUAAGAUGUGCAAGAGCAACUGACAGAAUGGAAAUAGUUGUGAAAUAUUAUUUGCAAAUUUUGAUUUAUGUUAAUAAGUCAUUAUCAGCACAAACAUUUUGAGAUUCCUGAUAGGCAAAUUAGGAAAAAUAUUAUCUAUAAAGAAGUCAACAUUACCCAAAAUACACAUAAAAGAUAUUUAAUUUGUGAACUUUUUUCUCCCUUGAAGUGACUCCAAUUAAUUGUAAUAUGUUUUCGCAUGUGUUAACAAAAUCUGAGUCACUGUGUAAUAGUGUCUUACCCCUCUCAUGCUCAUUGGUGUGUGUAGCUGCUGUGGCUUUUCUGAAGCAAUGUGCAUGCUGGAUGGAUGGCUAGCUGCUGCUACCAAAAAAAAUCUGCUGUAGCCAAGUGCUGCCUACCUUCCCUGCAUUUCACUCAGAAAUUAAUCUCUAAAAAUUGUCCAGUGCCUGAUUUUCAUGUUACUUAUUAAAAUAAGAUUUGCUUUUUAUCCUGUAAAUUUUAUGAAAAGAAAUGUAUUCUAAAACUUGUUUUUAUAGUAGGAUAGAUUAUUUUUCAAAAAAAAAAUAAUUAUGUAUUUGCUGCAUGCUGAAGUAGAAUUUUUUUUUAGAUCAAGUUAUUCAGAAAUUUAAGCUAGUUAGGUUGUGGAUGGCAACAAAUUUUUAAUACUAGGUUUCUAGCUGUAGAUAGAAUAGUGAGUAUCAAAACAAUAUUCAAGAUCCCUUUUUCAGCAGUUCAGCCCAUACAGAAUGAAUUCCUCCUGGUUCCUCUUGUCCUGGAAAGCACCUUAGCCUCCCACAGACCCAAUAACAAGUUUGGGGACUAACAUUUCUUUGUGAUUGCUUAUGGAGAUAAAUUCUGUGUGGAAAUUUUUCAACUGCCCAUUCUUCCCAGUAGUUCAUGUUGGAUGUCUUCUUCUUACUUGUUGCGGCAAAUAAUAAUAAUAAUAAUCAACUGUACUGUUGAAUUGUGUUUUCAGAAGUUAGAACAAUUUUCAUCCACAUAUGCACCCAUGAGCAUUUAUUUGUCUUGGGAAGAAAUAUUACAGAUUUGGGAUUUGUCAUUUCCUUUGUUUUCAGAAUAUGAAUGGUUAUGACACUGGGAAUUAUGGAAAUUGUUGAAUAUUGCACUGCGUCCAGUCAGUUAAGUUAGAUCAUGUGUAAUUGCUCAGGUUUCUUUUUUAAUUUUGAAAUAUGUCAGUGUAGAAGACAUGCAGGACAAAAGGAGAGAUGAAAUAAAACUUGGAGCACGUGAAAAGCAGUGGCAAAGGAAGCAAUCACUGCACAAAGGCUGACUGUGUAGCUGAACUGGUGAAUGUGACCUUGAGAAGUCAGUGUCUGUUUUAGUUAAGUGUGUGUUUGAAUAUUGUGGAGGCCAUCAAAGUGCACACAACUACUAGAGAAACUUUCCCAUGGUGUUCUGCUUUUAUGCCCAACUUUUCUGAUGGUAACCUAUGAAAAAGUUUAGUAUAGCAGGCCUGCUAAAAAUUAAUGUCAUGUACCAUCAUAUUGCAAAUCUAUUUAAUUUUCAACCUUUCUUCCCCUUCCCCCCCCAUUUGUUCUGUAGAAGCAAAGGAAGAAUGGAUUCAACAAAGGUUCACGAGUCAUCAUUUUUGGUAUGUCAACCCCAAUGUGAUUAGAUGCUUUGGGAAUGGGAAGAAGAAAUCCCUGCCCUGAGGAGUGUCCAUCUGCUGUGGACAAGAGGCAGUGCAUUGACAAGUCACUCAGGGUAGCAGUGGUGCUUAAACGGUUAUGGGGGGCUUUCUGUUUCUUUAAAGACAUUUUUAAAUAUAUGCUUUGGCAAAGGGGUAGAGAGAAUGUGUGUGGGCAAUGGCAGCGGUAGCAGCAUUUGCUAGGGCUGAAAUAAGAAACACUUCAGGAAAUAAAAGCUGCCAAAAGCAGAAUGGGAGUGAGUGACUUGAGAAGUUGGUUGAUUUCGAAGUACACGGAUAGGUGUAAGACUACUGAAUGUUGUUGAAGUUUCAUUAUUUCUUAGUCAAAUGGAGUUUGCCAACUAAAAGCUGGCUUCCAGGGAGGUGAAGGUAGUUAUUUGGUAAAAAAUCAAAAGAAAAACGGGCAACAAUAACAACAAUGACCAUAUAUUGUUGAUUUUCUAAAGAACAUCUAUUGCUAACAAAGCCAAAGGUCCAAGUAGAUACUGCUCUUACGUAUUUUAAAUAUACGUUUAGCUUCUGUUUAGCAUUUGAUGUUAAAUUAAAACUUCAUUUUCUUGCAGGUAAGUGGAAAGGGAUCAAAAAAGUUAAUAAUGUGAAUGGGAGAACCACCCAAAACCUAGAUUAUUUAGAGUGGAUUGAGUGAUAGUGUAUUAAAGCUUCUGCCGUCUACUGCCUCUUAUUCUUUUAACACUUUAUUAAUUCUGUUUUAUUGACAGUAAUCAGUAUAGGCUACAGAGUACUUAUGAAAGAUCACAAAUCUGAAUUUUUCCAUAGAUAUAAAAAUGCCGCAUCCCCAUUACAAAUUUUAUCCCUACAGUAGAGUCAUGCCAAGUUAAUUGAGUUGUCUGAUAGGUCUUAUUAAAGAUCAGACUUGUGACUGACUGAUGGCAGAGCAUAGAAACAUAGAAAAGCAUUAAUACUAAAGCAUGCACAUUUCCUGCCAAAAGUGUGAUGGUAAUGCUAACUUUCCUAGUGUGAUGCUACUACGUGUGAUUAGCUUCAUAUGUGCUAAGGCACUGGAGGAUGCAGAGAUCUGCCACUGUAAAUCUCACUAACACUGUAGAUGAGUGAAAUGGUAAUUCCCAUUGACUUUUGCACCUGGCUUCAUUUUAACCUCUUUUUUUAAAUCGUUCUGGAUGUGUAUCUGAAUCUUUAAAGUGCUCAUCAUUUUAAAAUCUAGAUUUGUAUAAAAAACACAGAUUUUGGAAGUUGCAGCUGCAAAGCUGUUACAUUGGUUGUUGCUGCUGAAUGGGGGCUUCUUUCUUCGUCAAUGCUCUGAAAUGUUUUUAUUUCAUCAGUUUUGAGAUGUAUUCCUUCCUUCUGUGAAGUCAUAAGUGUCUGUGUUUGUUUAGGGAAGAAAAAGAAAAUCUACGUUAAUGCAGUACUAUAAAUGUAAUAACAUGCAUAAACGGCAUACAGCAUUACUGUUUGCAAGCUCCAUCUGUGGUUGUGGAGCCCUGGUGUAUUACAGAAUGAAAAAACACUCUCUACAUCAAAGAAUUUCAUGUGGUUGUACAGUGUGAAAUAAGUGGAGUGGAGCAAAAGGAAGACAAAGUACCAAGGAGGUGGCACAUGCCUUUCCUCACUCCCUCAGGAGGGUGAUAAAGUGUUGAGAACAUUAGCAGCCCUUUUAUCUUUGAGAUUAUGUUGUAUGUGGCCGUGAGCUUACUCCAUGUAUCUGACUGGCUUGGUGAAAGUGGCAACUCCUUCAUGAAAGAGCACAGCUGAGUGUCUCUGGGGGAGAUGAAUGCAAUUAAACUUGAUGGUUCUAAUCCAGCGUCUACUAGCGCAUUGAAGAAAGAUGAAAACAAAGAGUUGGCAAUAUUAUAGCAACUAAUCCAAGGUGAUUUAUCUUCUGUUGCAGCCUUAACUAGUAGUUUUGCCUUAUUCUCCAGGGAUUUCUCUGUGUGUUUCUUGGUAGAGAUUUAUUUUACUCACUGUUAAUUUUUUUUUCUGUUUUGGAUGGGUAGGAGCUGCACUUGUAAUUUAUCUCAGCCUGGAAACUGAUGCUGAUGUAGAAAAGCGUGAAAGGAAGACACCUUGUCUCUGUCUCUGUUAGGAUGCCUUGUUCCAACAGCAGUCAUUGGCUGGGGGAGAUUUGCAUUUUGAAAUGCAUACCCAAAUGCAUGAGGAUUGCAGUCCUGUGUGAGAGCUGAUGGAUUAAAAAUAUCACAUUUGAUCCUUUGCCAUGUGUGCUCCCAGCAUAACUUAAGCUUAGUUGUGUUCUGAAGAGGUUGCGUUUCAUCAUUUUAUAGUUACUAUCAAUUGAAAAAAAGGUUCCAUCUAAUAAAACCCAUGUCAAGACCUCAGGUCAGAAUUUUCUUCUUGAAAGACUUAAGUAAUAAAGGCCAAGAAAUCCAGUGCAUUCCUGCUCUACUCUAGAAGAGCAGAGGAGUGCAAAAAGGAGAAAGCCUACUGUAGAAUCUAAAGGGCACAGCUGAAAGAGUUGUGCAAGUGGUGUGAAGGAGACUGUGCUAGAAACACAGAGGCAGUGCUUGCCAUAGAAUCAGGACUUGAAAAAGAAUGAAAGGAAGUCAUCAUGGUGAUUGCUGGGGAUGAGAACACAUCAGUCAGAAGGCUGAAGUUGUAUCCUAGUGAUGAAGUUUAAAAGGACCUUUAGCCUUGACAGCUUAGAAGUAAAAGAACAAAUGGCAAGCCAAAAAGUGACUUGGAGGGGCAGAUACAAGUAUCUGAGUAGACAUGGACUCUUCAACCUGGUAGAGAGACUGUGGAGGAAUCUCAUGAUCACGUUCUUUUGGAUAUUCCUGUCACUAGAGAGCAGAUGAAUCACUACCGAGCUGCAGCUGAAGCUGCUCAAAGUGAACUUGCAGCACUUUCAGUGAAGUAUGAUUGUGCCGAGUCAGAGCUUCUUGAACUCAGGUCCAGCAUAAUCUCUAAAGAAGCUUCUUUUCAAGAGCUGAAGGCUGAAGCUGAAAGCUAUAAGGAAAACAAUGCUAGACAGAAGUCUCGCCUCCUGUCUUUGCAAACACGAAUCCAGGAGAUGGAGGAAGAGCUGUGUGUGCUCGCCACUUCUAAAAACCAGGCUGAGCUGACAGCUCAGGUGGCAUAUAAGGAAAACUGGGAGCUGAAGGAGGAGCUGCACAAUCAAAAUACCAAACUUAAUAAAUAUUGGAAUAAAAGUGAAGAAAACAUGACUCAAGCUUCUAAAAUCAGCAGGAAGUAUGAAGAGCUCCUUACACAGCUUUCUGGAUUCUUGGACACAGACAUCAGAGAAAAAGAGAAACCACAAGAACAUUUAAUGUCGAAGGUCUCUGAAAUAUGUAAAGAAAAUCUGACACUAAAAGACCAGGUUGCUGCUCUUCAAGAAGCUGUGAAUGUCCGUGAGAUGGAGUCUAAAGCUAGCAGAGAAACUAUCAUGAGGCUAGUUUCAGAAGUGACAAAGGAGCAAAAAAAGGUGGCAGGAUACUGUCAAGACAUGGAAAAACUUAGUAAGGAUCUUGACAGCGCUACAAUAGAGAGACAGAGUUUAGAGAUGGAGGUCAGAAACCUCCAAGAUAAACUGACUGUUAACCAGAAAGCCUUGGACACCUCAAAGAGGGAACUGCACAGUCUGAAGAAAUCUUCUGCCGAGUUAGAUGGAAGCUUGAAGAGCAGCAGAGCAGAAGCCAGGACUGCUUGGAGCUCUUUAGAGGCUUUUAAAGAACAAAUUGCUACCCUGCUCAGCAGUGGAUCUGCAAUAGUUGAACCGUCCGAGAAGGCCAUUUUGGAGAGAAUUCGAGAAAUAAAUUGUAAAGAGGAGAGUAAACAAAUAAUGGUAUCUCAACUUGAAACCCAAAUCGCUAAAUUGACUGAAGCUUUGGAAAAUCAGACCAGAUUGUACCACAAAGCUCUGGAGAGGAGCAGGAAAGCUGAAAAAUGUUCUGAGAGUUUCCAGGAUCAACUGAAACACUUGGAAGAAGAAUUACUUACUAUAGAUCUGAUGCAGGAUGGUUUGAAGCUUGAGAAACAAAAAUAUCUGAAAUUUCUGGAGCAACUGAACGAGAAGAUGAAGCUGGAUAGUCUAGCAGCAGAGUUUGGAUUUGAUAUGAAUAUGGAUGCAAUUCUAGCCCGGGUAGAGCAGUUAGUGAAACUGGAAGGUGAUGCAGUGAUUGAAAACAAGACUGUGGCACACAGCCUCAGAAGGAAGUUGAAGACUCAGAAGGAAAAACUUGAAAGCAAAGAGCUUCACGUGAACCUUCUGCGGCAGAAAGUAACCCAGCUGGAAGAAGAGAAGCAAAUCAGGACUGCCUUAGCUGUGGAAAGGGAUGAGGCCAAUCUUGCUGUCAGAAAUUUACAUAAGAUGAUAGAGAGGUUACAGAAGCAGCUUGAUGUGGCAAAGGAAACGAAUACUGAUCUCAAAGCCAAACUGUCUGAAACCAAUGAACUUAAGAUCAAAACUUUGGAGCAGAACAGAACAAUAGAAGAACUCAAUAAGUCUCAAGGCAAAUUGGAAAGAAUGAAAGAAAAAGCUGAGAAACAACUUAGAUCUGUCAAAUCAGAACUUCUUUUAAAGGAACGUAAAGCUACUGAAGAUAAAGAAAAAAACCAAAAUAUAUUAGAAGCAGUUACCAGUGAAAUGAAGGUGCUUAAAACAACCCUUGCAGAACUAGCAAAAAGAGAGAGACAGCUGGCAGAUUUCCGAGAGGUGGUCUCGCGGAUGCUGGGCCUCAACAUUGCCAGCCUGGCUCUUCCUGACUAUGAAAUCAUUACAUGUCUUGAUGAGUUGAUUCACUCUUAUCAGCACCACUGCUUCCCCUGUGUCUGCCUCAAAGACGUGGCAAGGGCACCAGAGGAGCAGCAAAGAAAUGUACAGCUUCUUCACUGAAAGGAGACAGAACAAUGUAAAAUUUUCUUUUUGCUUAAGGCCUUACCUGCUACACAUCCACAGAAAAGAGAUACUUAUUUCUAUUCCCUACUCUACAGGCACCAGCUAGGGCUGAUUUUUAGAAUUUCAAUAGGGAGACUGAACCAAAUAGAUAGAGUAAAGCCAGGAGCCUAGAGAUGGCAAAGAGAAAAUCUCUGGGCAGCACAAUGCUUCAGUUAUGAAAAUGAUAGACCCUUCAGUUAUGAUCAACGAUACCCUCCCGUUUCAUUGCAGAGUCACUGAAGUCAUGAGCCACCCAAGGUCAGUUCACAGUUUUGGGAAGCACUUGAGAAGUUAGUGAAUGUCCACUUUAGUCUCAUUCCUUCUGAUUUGCCUCUGGGUGUCAAGCAUAAAAUAAAGUAGGGGUUGUCCUGCUGCUGUUUCUCUUGACAAAUGGGACCUCUCUGUGUUUUUACACAUAAAGACUUUAGCUUCAAGAUAGUUAUCUGGAAGUUAGAGGAUUAUCUCAAUUUUUGAACACGGGAUUUUUUUUUUUUUUACUUCUGUUGUUUUCCUUUGUCUGCGCUUGUGCCAAAACAAGAAGUUUUGCAGCAAAGGCUUUUUCACAGGCUCUUGUCACGUGCCUGAUAUAGAUAUAUUUGGUAAAAUUGAAUGGUGACCUUGGUCAUGAUGCCUUGAAAAUUUUUCUUCUAGCUACUGUAUUCCUUGGGCAAUUAAUCCACAGGCCAAAUAAAUGGCAAUUGUUCUGAGUUAAGGAAAUUUUAUAAUUGUAAAAUGCUUGUCCAUUACAGAAAAUACGUGAAUUACUAAAGUCUUUAUUUUCAGAGAAGCAGUGGUGAGGUGUACAGAACUACCUCUUAAUCAUAAAAACUGCUUUCUAUCACCUUUUCUGAGUGUUAUUAAACUUUAUGAUUUUUUAAAAGAAGUAUGAACAGUAAAUCUGUUUUCAUAGCACA